AUUGACGGUAUUGUGCGGUGACGUGAUUUCACAGUAUUAUAGUGCAUUCCGUAAGUUAUAUAUAGACUUGACGAUAUAUAUAUAUACAUAUAUGUGUACACAUACUAUUGAAAAAAAUAAAAUAAACGAGCACGACACGUGCUGAUGGUCGCCGGAGCGUUGAGCCUCGAGAACUCGAGAUAAGAACAAAGGAUUCGCAGUAUUGAAUAUUAAUAAUUUAUUUACUUUUUAUUUUUUUCUGUAUGGAUAAUUUAUAUCGCCGAAAUAUGAACAAAAAGAACGUGGAGCCUUUGGCAGUAGACGAGUGGCUAAAAAAUGAAGGAUAUUUUCGUAAAGCUGCACCAAAAGAUCCCGGUUGUUUGUUCCGAGCAGUAAGUGAGCAAAUUUAUAUGACUCAAUUUUAUCACACAAGAGUGAGGAAAGAAUGUGUUGAGUUUAUAAGAAAACACAAGCAUUUAUUUAAACACCACAAGGGUAUCGGAAAGAUAGACAAUUACUUGGAACAAAUGUCUAGUGUUAGUGAGUGGGGAGGAAUGAUUGAAAUAGAAGCGAUGUCUCUGUUGUACAGAAGAGAAUUUGUUGUUUUCUAUGCCGGGCAAAGUACGGCGCUGAAGAAGAAAGAAGUGACGAACAAUGGGUUCGAUAAAAAUAUUUAUCUCUGCUUCACUCCGCCACGACACUACGAGACAGUAUACAAAAAUCACAUUAUCGCUACCGCGGCAUUUUGUCAGUCUAUUGUGUACAAAAUUCUUUAUAAAAACGUCUUCAAGAUGCCCGACGUUGACGCUAUUGUGGAAAAAAUGUUGCACGAUGACGGCAAUGGCCAUGACAAUCAGCAGUCAUCAGUGACUUUGCUCAAUAAAACAAAUGGUAACUUGACUGUCACCCCGCCGUUUCCCUACAGGGUCGCGAAAGCUCUUGAUCCAAAUAUUUAUCGCAAUACUGACUUUGAUAUCUGGUGGGAACUGAAACGUCAGGUCCGCUCUGCUGGGCUGGUGCGCUGGAAUAAUUAUCGGCUGCAAGUUGGGGGUAAAUGUCUCGUUAGAGUUAAUGAUGACCUUGACAUUGGCCAUGAGUACCUUAAUAAUAUUAAAUAUAAUAAUAAUGGUUACGUGAAAAAAAAUUUGAUGCUGAUUGGUCACAUUCAAGAAAUGGCCCAAAAUGAGGGCCCGGUUGUUGUGUUCAUUGAAGAACUUGGUGAAAAAAAAACUGUACCGUUCAAGGCACUUGUUCCAUUACAUUCACGUAAUAAUUAUUUACCAGCAUCCGCGAUGCUGUCACCUGUCAGUCCAAAAAAUAAGUCAACUGAUGAUAGUACAAAUAAUAAAUUUAAAAAACAACAAUUUAAUGGUUACCGUAAAGCCAAAGACUCCAGAAGUCCUGUGACAAGCCCGCGCUUUAAUUCAAAUGAUGAUGAGAAUAAUAAUAAUCGUAACCCAUCUUACAAGACCUCGCCUAACAAAAUAAAUUAUUCUAAUAAUUUCAACAAUAAGGUCAAAAAUAAUUCAAACGCGGAUUACUCACACAAGAAAACAUUCGCAAAUUCUCAGUCUCAGUCAAUUUUACCAAAGUCACCUUCACUCGAAAGCGCGAACCCAAAUUCAAAUUUGCCGCCAGAUGUUCGAGAGUUUGAAAGAAAAAAUUCUUUGAUUGAAGACAAAUAUAUAACUACAAAUAAAAUUCAAAAUAAUUUUCAAGCUCAUGAUGACAAGGACUCUAGUCCUCCUUGUAAUUCACUUCCUGAAAAUUUUCCUAUACCCGUUUCAGGCGAAUUCCAUCCUUACAAUGAAGUAAAUUCCGUAUGCAUACCACAGUCAGAUGAAAUAUAUCCAAACCAAAAUCAAAUUUACUGCGAAGAUAAAAAUUUCAGUGAAUCCCAAGUGACUUUGCCUCCCGCGGGUUUCAUAAACUACUCGCAUCAAGUCAACUUCCGGGUUUCGCCUAGUCUUGAUAUAAAUGGCAAUGACCUGCCGUACUCUGACAUCACUACCUUGAGAUAUUUCUUCAACUUGGGACUAGAAUAUUUUCAUGUGAAUCAAAUGUGGUGGCCACAGGGCGAGGUCCCGUAUCCAGCAGCGCCGCCAAACACUCCGCUGUCACCACCACCUUCACCUCAUGCGCACAAUUUUACUCCAGACAGCCCUCCAGGUCUCGUGGUUGAACCCGUCCAGGUACAAAGUGACAUGAUACCGCAGUACGAUAACGCAGCUGAUGCUCAGAUCAAUUAUUCCCAGCCACCAAAUCCGCAGCGUCGGUACAUUAAUCCCGUCUGCCCCAAUGACAAUCAGACUAGCGAAAAUAAUUCCUCAGCAUUUAAGAACUUCAGAAAAAAGUCUCCGAUUAGUUCUAAUAAUAACAAUAAUAAUAAUAAUAAUAAUAAUAAUAAUAAUAAUAAUAAAUAUUUGAUGAAAUAUAAAAAUGAACCGACCGACGCGUACAAUUUUAGUAAACCUAAAUAUAUACAAGGAUACAAUGAAAAUAUAAAAGAAAAUGGAGGCAGUCCCCCGCGGAAAAAUCAGUUAGGAAAAUUUAAAAAGACUAAUCAAGGAUAUCAAAAUCGUACUUGCAGUAAAACGAGUUAUCAAAAUGACUAUCAGCAGAAAUCAUACACCAGUUGCUCUCCUGACGAUAAUUACAAGAAGAAAUUUGAAAAGAAGAAUACUUAUGAUUACCAACAACAGUCAGCAGCACAACAGCAGCAACAAAAGACCCAAUUAGUGCCAACUGAUGCUCCACAAAAUCAGUCACCGCAAAACAACUGUACGAUGUCACAGCAAAUGACUUUUGCUAACAUUCCGUAUUAUCCUAACGAGCAAGAAAAUAAUAACGUCUAUUCUCCGCCUCACACAAACAUGUACCCGAUUUAUGGCCCUCAUACUUCCGAGUUACCGGAACCCAACAACUUUUCGGGAGCUGUCAUGUACACUUCGGGAAAUUUUCAUCAGCAGAUGCCGCCGAUUUAUUCUCAGAUGAUGUACCCUCCGGGGCCUCCUCUCUUGCCACACUUGACCCCGAUAUUCCAGGGGAUGCCGGGUCAAAACUCUCAGCCAGACUGGUGCGUACCUGGCCAACCCAAUUGUGUUCCGUACCCGUAUCCUACAUCACAGACCAGCGAAUCCUUGCCUCUGACUCAGCCUCAAAUUAAAAAGUAAUUUGAAGAUCUUUAGAUUAGCGAAGGAAACAAGGCUGGUCCUAUUUAUUUAACUUUUUCAUAUCACAACUAAAAUACUCUUUUCUACUUUUUUAUAUCAGCUCAUAUUGACAAAAUAUAUAUGUAUAAAUUUUUUAUAUGUAUAUUUUUUUGUAAACAUUUAAAAGAUAAUUAAAAUAAAUCAUUUUUUCAAGUUA